AUGUUGAAUAUCCUAUUACUUGCUGUUCAAUCAGAGACAAAGAGAAUCCAAUAUUUCAGUACAGAGCAUCCUACUAUAACUUAUUUUGAUAGAGAUUACCUGAAGUUUGUGAACGUAUCGUCUCGUAGACGCAGUCGUAAAGAUCCAUUCUAUUAUGUUGACAUUCAUGGCACGACCCUUAUUGAUGUGGGAAACAAUUUCACAAGUAACUUCUAUUUCUACGAGUUUCUGACUAACCAGUACAAGCGUGGUUUCAUCGAGAUGCACAUCAAAGUAUGCGACUUGAUCCUCAAUAAUAAAUUCUUCGGGACCGCAAUAAAGAAGAAUCUUGCGUAUUGUCCACUCCCAGCGGGCGACUAUCACCUAUAUAAUAUGACUAUUCCAAUAGACCAGGUGCCAAGAGGAUUCCCCUUCACAAAAGGACGCAUAUAUGUGAAUGGAACUGUCACGGACACAAAUAAAGUUGUAGUGGCAGGGUACAUAGAUUUGGAACUGAAGGAAUUCACAGUACGAACAAAAACAUAA